CCGCCGGGAGGCCGCCGGGGGCGGGCCGGGGCGGCGGCGGGUGCGGGGCGCCAUGGGCCGGGGCGGCGGCGGCAGCGCGCGGGGCCGCCGCCGCGGGCGCGGAGCGCGCCGCUGCCGCUAGCGCCUUCCUCCUCCUCCUGCUCGGCGGCCGCCUUCCCCCGCCCCCCGCGCCGCCCCCCCGGCCGCCUCCUCCGCCGCCGCCUCGCAGCGCUGCGGAGCCGCCGCGUAGCUCCGCCGCGCAGCGGGACUCGCCGCCGCCGGGGCCGGGGCCGUGCAUGGGCGGCGGCGGGCGGCGGUGAGCGCGCCUCCCCUCCGCGCCGCGCCGCGCCGAGGCGGCAGGGCGAGGGGCGGCCGGGCGGGCGGGGGGCGCCAUGCGGGAGUACAAAGUGGUGGUGCUGGGCUCGGGCGGCGUGGGCAAGUCCGCCCUCACCGUGCAGUUCGUCACCGGCUCCUUCAUCGAGAAGUACGACCCCACCAUCGAGGACUUCUACCGCAAGGAGAUCGAGGUGGACUCGUCGCCCUCGGUGCUGGAGAUCCUGGACACGGCGGGCACGGAGCAGUUCGCCUCCAUGCGGGACCUCUACAUCAAGAACGGGCAGGGCUUCAUCCUGGUCUACAGCCUGGUGAACCAGCAGAGCUUCCAGGACAUCAAGCCCAUGCGGGACCAGAUCACGCGCGUCAAGCGGUACGAGCGGGUGCCCAUGAUCCUGGUGGGCAACAAGGUGGACCUGGAGGGCGAGCGGGAGGUGUCGUUCGGGGAGGGCAAGGCGCUGGCCGAGGAGUGGAGCUGCCCCUUCAUGGAGACCUCGGCCAAGAACAAGGCGUCGGUGGACGAGCUCUUCGCCGAGAUCGUGCGGCAGAUGAACUACGCGGCGCAGCCGGGCGGCGACGAGCCGUGCUGCGCCGCCUGCGCCAUCCUCUGAGGGGCGCCGCCGCCCUCCGCGCCCCCCGCCCGCCCGCUCGCUCCCCGCCGCCGCUCGGCGUGUGCAGCGCGGGAGCCGCCGCCGCCGACGGGGAGCGCGCGCGCCCCUCCCCCCCGCGCCGCGCCCCGAGGCGGCCGUUGGGCGGCGGCGCCCUGAGGCGAAGCCCGCGCGCCCCUGAGGAGAAGCCCGCGCGCCGCCGCCCCGGCGGCUCUAUGCAAAGCGGCGCGGAAACUUCGCGCCCGGCCGGAGAGUUGCACGUCUGGCCGGGCCUGGAGCGGCGCGGGGUGCCGGGACGCGUCCGCUGGCGGCUUGUGAAGUGACUCGUGUUUACCUGCUGUAUCCGAUGGGAGCUUGCGGGGGAGCGGCAGCGCGUUGCCCUCCCCGCUGUGUGUUUUUUUUUUCCCUUCCCUCAAAUCAGCUGUGAAAUGUUACCAGUCUGCACAAUUUUCUAGGUGUGCGUGCGUGUGUGAUUUCAUUCCUGUCGCAGCCGGGCGGGCGGGAGCGGCGGCCGUGCUGCUCUUAGGGUUUUUUCGUUUUCGGUUGGCAAUAGCGGUUUUGAGGAGCAGCUCCGAGGCGCGGGGAGCCGCUCGGAGCGCCGCCCGCGCCCGCCCAGUGCCUUCCCGGCCGUGCCGGCCCGCGAGGGCGCCGCGCCGCCCCCUCUGCCGCUCCGGGCGGCUGAGCGGUUCCCCGCGGCGAACGGGCCGGACAAAAGGGCCUUUUGUUAGUGGGAUUUAUUUCUUAUUUCCAUCUGAGCCUUUUAACUGUAAUUUCCACGUCUUGCAAGUUCGGGCUUCAUUUACUUCAAAUUUACAAGAAUUUAGCCUUCGGGGAUUUGGGGGGGGGAUUUUUUGUUUUUGAUUUUGUUGUGGGAUGUACCUCCAGCCAGCAAAGAGAGAAAUCUUCAUGUUGUGAUGUAAUGAGAAAAUUCUAACAACUGUCGUUUUAAUUCCAGACAUGCAUUUAAGAGAUGUCUAUCCAUUUUAAGAAUUUUAAUACAAAUGCUGUUUUUUAGAAAACAACUUUGUGCGCUUUUAUGUGUUACAUGAAACACUUAACUUUUGCAGACGCUGUUGAUCGCGAUUUAUGUCUUAAUAGUAACAAAAGGGGUGAGAGGACGGGGCUUGACAAAGAUUAGGUAAAGACAGUGCUUUAACAAAAAAAAACCCUAAUAAUUAGCAAUUUUUAAUACAGUUUUCAUCUGUAUUUAGGUCCUGGUCCUAUGUGAUGCAGCAUCCGAGUGCAACACUAUUCAGUAGGCAGCUUUAGGAAGAUGGUGUGGCUUUAAUGCAGAAGCUCUUGUAAGAUUAGGGCUUUUUUAUUUUAUUUUUCUUCUCCUUACUGGGAACAACAUGGUUUAUUGGAGUGAAAUUCUAAACAUCAAGUAUGUAUAAAAUUUAAGCUUUUAAUUUUGUUGCAUUAUAACUCCUUAAAAUUAUGCAUCAAGACUCAUUUCUUUCCUGGUAUGGAGAGGGGUUGGGGUGGGAGCACAUGUGUACCUUCUGCGGUUUGGAAGGUCUGGGGGGUUGUGUUUACCUCCAUUAUCUUCCUCUCUUAACCCUUCCUUUAAACAUUAACACACAAAAAGUGCAGUUCUUUUUCCCAUGCCAGGAAGAAAUGAAAUCAGCUUACUAUAAGAAGCCAGAUGUUUAGCAAUUGUCUGUAAAGGUGUUUUGGAUCAGCUCACUUGAAGCUAAGUGCCGUGAUUCCUACCAUAAAUCUGACCAUUUCCUCUUUUAAAUAGGAAAGCUUCCUGCUUCAGCAUUGGAAGAAGGGUUUUUAGUAUUAGUUUAAUACUAGUUAUUGAAAUCACAAUGACUGAAAUUAAAGUCAUUGUACUGUAACUGAGAAUUGGAUACUUAUUUUAGCAACAUCCAGUAUCUACUGAAAAUUUGGAAAAGAUUAUAUGGAUAAAUAUUUAACGUAUCUCUCCUGAGCUCAUGUAUAUCCUCAGAACAGCAAGGCAGUGUUCUGACAGACUGUUGUGGAUCAGUUAAACUUGCAGAAGCUUUGAGAAGACCCCCAUACUAAGCAGUUCCCUGAACUUCUGUUUGGGGCCUUUAUACAGCAGAUCAAUUGAUCCAGCCCCCACCUCUCCUCCCAUUUUUAAGGUAAAACUGAAAAUCCCAUUGCAACUUAUCUUCAGGUUUGUUUUUUGUUUUUUUAGUGAAUUAGGAAACCUGCUCCUUGAGGACUUCCGUGUUGGAAGGCCAGAUGAAUAAUGUAUGCUAAUAUCAGGGGCUUCUUUUAACAAAAACAUUGCAUGGAAAGCUAAAAGCUUUAUUGAAGGUAUAUCUUGCAUUGAAGUUUAAAAGAAAAUGCCAUAAAUUACAUCUCAGCUACUUCAAUUUUGCCUUAAAUUCAAUGGAAUUAUAUCGUUCCUAGCACCUAACAGGGUUUGCUCUGAAUCAGUGUAUUGAAAGCAAUUUGUUCAACUUUAAAAAAGCAACGACUUAAAAAAUUUUCCCAACAGAAUAGCAGAUUCUUAAUGUUUUGGAGUGCCUCCUGUUUUCCUGUUGCCUAUCUCACGAUUGAAGAAGGAUGUAAAAAUGUGUGUAUGUAGUACACAAAGUGGAACAUAAAGUACAGUUUUCCUUAGCCUAGCAGAACAGCUGAAGGCCGUUUAAUAAGGACAAUGGAUUAUGCUGGGGGGUUUUGCAGAUAAACUCCACUGCUUGCCAAAAAGGUGCAUUUGUUAAACAAUGAAGGAUUUAAGAAACCGUGUCAAAGGUCUGAUCAGUCAUGAAUGUAUUUAGAUGUUUGACAUUCUCUAUGACUUGCUGAGGACAGUACAAAAAGUCGAGCUGAGUAGUUUGAUCUUCCAAAUACUCUGAAGUUUUUUGGUGCUUGUUAAACAUAGGCCUUGUCUAUAAAGUAGAAAAAAACAUACUGCUUUAACUUGACCGAUUAAUGAAAGCUGUAUUUCCUUCUACACUAGAGGAAAAUGUUGUAUCAAUAUAAAGGUACUCUUUUUUUCCUUUUCCCUGUGGGAAUAUGUUAUACCUGUAUCGAUACAAAGGUGACAUACAGCUCUUUUCACAGUGAGGGUUGCAAAAAAAUUAAUUGAUUUGCAAGAAAAAUCACAUUCCUAGCCAAAAUACUUCCUAACAGUGCUGAAACUGCGUGAACAAGGCCUUAGUUUAAGGCUUAUCUUAUGGCCGCAUAUUCUACUGUACAUAAUGAUUGUAUUUUUAAAAUCCAAGCUUGUUCUCUUGCAAGAAAGUGUGUCUUUGAAAUCCUAGUCUCUGUGGUCAUAAUUGUGCUGUGUUCUGGACCUAAUUCUCAAUACAAGUGUGGUUCUUUUCAGUGCAACACUCAGGCUUUAUUGAUGCUUACAGUCCUGAAGAUGAUGUUAGAAUCUGCAACCGUGGGAUUCCUGAAGGUUCUGCCUCUCUCAAAAGACUGUAUGGCAGUUUUUGUGCAAUGGGCAUUUUCAAUAAAGGGCAGCUGGCUCUUUA